UGGAUCCAUAGCCUAUAAAGUUAUUUGUGACAGUGUGCUACAUGUAUCUGAGAGUGUUCUAUUUCACAAUGUGACCUCUUUGUUGGACGUUUCGGACGCGUGAACUCUAACUAUAAAACGCAGAAGGUAAAAGGCUGCAGAGCGGAGGAGCAAGUACAUUUCGAAACGGACAAAUGCAAAGAUUCUGAAAAAUAUCUACUUGGGAAAUAUGAAGUUGAAGACGGAACGUCCGUCUAGCUAGAAAACUUACCUCGCCCAACAUUCAAAGGAAAGUUUCGAUUUGACGGAAUUACUACGAAAGAAUGUGAAUGACUUUCCUUUAAAAAGAGGGUGGAUAAUACAUCGACAAGUAAACGGAAUCUGUAUAAAACUUCAGUAAAUGAGAGCAGAAGCGAUGAGCUACAACUACACCUGGAUUGAUAGAUGCGCGUAAAUAUUGCUCAGGACGAACGGACAAAAUUUGACAGGAUUCAUCGAAAAACAGAUCAAUGUGAUUACACGGGAAGACCCCAAUCACAAUUACGGACGAAUUGACUGAUAUUGAUAAAAUAUCACUAUUAGUAUUAUAACGCAGGUCUGACGUGCAGACAAACUUGAAUGGUACAGUAACGGACGAAAAAAUAGAAAUCGAAAUAUAACAGGUGACCGAAAAUAGUACUAGACGGACAAAAGUACGGAAGGUUGAUUUUGUUACUGAAACCAGGACGAAAGAACAGACCGACGCAAUUCGAUUUAGAUAUAGAAUACCGGAUCAUUGUAAAAAGUAACAGACGAACAGACAGACAUGGACGUAGACGUGGACGAUUUACAGCGAGAACUAAAACCAUGGGGAAAAUAUCAAAUACUUCAGCUUCUGUAUCUCUUCAUCGCUUAUCUACCGGUAGCCAUUCCACUUUUCAUCGUCAUCUUUAUAGGCUAUACCCCGCCUCACAAGUGCGCCGCUCUGUCUAAACCUCUGCACGAAUAUGGACUCGGAAUUCCGGAGGGAAAUGCGUCCGACUACAAUAUUGAGUACGGUGAAUGUGAACUGACCAUCAGCAGCAACCGUACCAACAGUACCUGGACACCGGUCACUUCCUCCUGUCUACAGGGAUACAGUUACGAGACCACCAAGGAAUAUUCGUUUGCGAGUGAAUGGGACCUUGUAUGUGACCGACAGGGACUAGGGGGCCUCACCACGACCCUGAUCAUGACCGGCCAAGCGCUUGGCGCAACUAUCUUUACCACGCUCUCAGACCGUUAUGGACGGAAGACUAUUUUCAUGGUUACUUUCAUCCCCCUAACGGCUAUCCUAACCGGAACCGGUUUCGCGCCAAACUUACUGGUAUUCAAUAUCCUGAGGAUUUUGACGGGUUUCAUACAGCAGGGUCUUGGCUUGUCAAUGUAUGCGAUGUGUAUCGAGAUGUUCCCUCUAGAGAGCAGAGGAGCCAUUGCCGCCAUUUCUGGUUUAUAUUGGGCCAUCGCGGUAGUAUUCUUUGCCGGCUAUGCUUAUGUCCUUCGGAAUUUCUCUUGGCGGGUCCUUCAACUUGCCUGUUCCGCGCUUGCCUUUCAUUGUGUAGCCGCCUACUGGAUAACCGAUGAAUCUCUUCGAUGGUUGAUUGCAAACAACAAGAAAAAAGAAGCGAUAAAGAUGAUAAAGAAUAUAGCGAAAUGGAACAAGUUGGACCCACAAGGAGCCCUGAGAAUGUUAGACGGAGAAAAAGAGCUGAAACCUUUGCAACCUACAGAGGGAAAGGAUCAAUCAUUACUUCAAAACGAAACGGAAAAAGGAAACGACGAGCAAAACGAACCGGAAACAGGAAACGAAAAGGAGCAGUUUAUAUUUCAACCUGAACCGGAUAUAGGAAAUGGAAAUCAACAGCUGUUACUUCGGAAAAUACCAGAAUUUGGGAAUGGAAAAGCACCGUUAUUAUUUCAACAGGAACCAGAAGCUACAAAUGAGCAUGCGCACGCGGCAUUGUAUCAAAGCAAAGAGGAAGUCUCGGAGGGAAAAGCAGCAGAAAAAUACACAAUCCUUGAUAUCUUCAGACAUAAACUGCUCCUCAGGAAUUCUCUGAUCGUAUGGUAUACCUGGUUCAUCAACAGUCUGACAUACUACGGUCUGUACUUGUCUUCAGUAACCUUGUCGACAGACAGGUACAUCAACUUCCUGAUCAACGGUGCCUUGGAGAUACCGGCAGGUAUUGUCGUCUGGUUGCUCAUUAACAGGAUAGGGAGAAAAAAGACGUCCAUUAUGUUCCAUACUCUCGCUGGAGUUGCUCUAAUUCUGUCUGUCGUCAUGAAGCUACCGAAAGACGACGCAGGAAUAGCGAAUAUUUUCUCCAUCAUAUUUAAUUUCACGGGAAAGUUCGCCAUCACAGCUUCUUGGACAACCAUGGGAUUAUAUACUCCGGAAAUUUAUCCAACAAAUCUGAGGAAUGCUGGCCUCGGCACGGCCUCCGCCGCCGCUCGGUUAGGUGGCAUGCUAUCACCGUAUGCCGAUGUCUUGGCUCGCCGCGCGUUCUGGGCUCCCGGGCUGAUAUUCGGGGUCGGUUCUCUACUUGUUAACGUGGGACUGGUCAUGUUGCCCGAGACCAAUGGUAGGGAGCUACCACAAACCCUGGACGAGCUCCUCAGCUGGUACAAAGGCGAGCAUGACCCGAGAGGCGCGCCACCCCAGUCUGACAUUGUUAUCAAAGAAAACGAAGAAACCAUUGAACUAAAAUAAUCUAGAACAAAUCAACAGAGAAGUGUUAUGAUGAAUCUAGAAGUAUGCUAUAUAAUAGAUAUAGAAUUAUUACAAAUCCUUGCUGACACAUUCAAUGAUGCGCGAUAGCAUGGUCAUUAAUUUAGAAAAACACGUUCAAAAUAAAAGGAAAAAUUGCAUUACAUCUGCCUUCUUCGAUUCUUGAGACAUUUUAAUUAACUCAUUCACCCCUAGAAUUUCAUAAUGAACUAUUCCAACCUUUGAAUUGGAAGAGUUAAAAUGUGUCUUCAGGGGUAUUGAUUAAACAGUUGAACAGCCAUUUGUAGGGAAAUACAUGUAUGGUUAUGUUGCUAUCAUGGAUACCAUAUUCAUCAAGUCACAAACGUCAAUCAAACCUCAUGAGGGAAUUUCCGUUUGAAUUUGACGACAUUCCACGGUGUUCGACCUAUGACGGAAAGACCCGAACAGCUUCCGAUUGGUUCUUGCUGUAAUUGGUUUAUAUCAAAUGGCUGUAUAAUGGAAAUGUACUGUAAAGAUUUUAUCAUAAACCCAAUUUCUGCUUAUACGAAAAUAGAUGUUUUAUGCUGUUUAUUUAGCAUAUGUCUAAGAAUUAACACUACUUACAUUAGCGCUAAAAUAUGCAACCGCUACAAUAAUAUCACCACUGAAAUAAUUAUACCGCUUAAAUAAUAUCACCACUAAAAUAUGUACAUAAAUAGUAACAUUUUAUUUUCAUUCUCAAAAUAACCCAUCAUCAUAGAACACAUUAGACAUAAAAUAUUUUGUUUGGGACGUCAAUUAAAUCACCGAUAAAUUACGCGGAAGGAUACUUAAACAAACAUUGAUAUGUAGGAUCGCGCACUACUUUUUAAAAUUUUGGGUUUACGCAUUGUGAUUUUUAACGUCGAAAAUUACAAUUUCACCUUUUUUUUGAAACCUGCGUUUAAAAAUUAUGUUGAAUGUGUUUCUUAUAAGAAUAUUUCUCCGAGAUAUUGCAUUCACGUACUAAUUUUACUGUAAAUGUCUCAAAAAUCACGCUGUCACAUAAAAGUCAGUGUACUUCACAAUAGAUUUUGUAUCCCUUUUUGUACAUGUUUGCUAUUAUAAUUGUAAACUACUAAAAUAUGUAUUAACCUAGUAAGUAGAUAGGUGGUGGUGAUAUGUUAUAUCAUGUAUACUCAGUGUGUAGAAAAAACAUCUAUUUUAUGUAUCAUUCUCCCAAAUACAGAAACAAUCUCUAUAUAGACUCCGUCGGCCCUGUUGUUGCGGUGAGGUGAAUCUGGGCAGAAUUUCUGUCAUCCUGUAUGAACUAACAUUUGCAAAUGUACAAAUAAUGAAACCGAAUAUUUUAUUGAACUACAUGUAUUAAAACUUCU